AGUGAGGACUGUUACAAAUUAUUUACUUCUAUUGGAAGAUCCGGUAGACCAUAAAUUUCAAUGACUCAAAAUAGUUGAUUACAAUAGUGUGAUUUCAUGGCGGAUGGAGAAGAGAUGUCGAUGUCACAGCUGCAGUCUUCAGGGCUAGCAGCUGCAGAUCAGGUAAAGUCAGAAGAUCUGCAAGCACCGGAAGAACUAGAGGAAGAAGGGGAAGAAUUAGAAGGAACAGAGAUGUGGCCUGACGCAGAAGGAAUCUACAGACGCCAAAGCCAACGCAAGAAACCUAGAGUCGAAUACCGGGAGAUGGAUGAACAACUGGAAAGAUUGACUGACGAAGAGGCAAUCUCAGACAAAUUGCUUGAGAUGGAGGAUUCAUCAGAAUCAGAGCAAUCAGAAGGAGAGGAGCCUGAUACGCCCACAGGAUUACAAGGAGCAGCAUUUUCUAGUCGACUGUCUGCAAUUAGAAUGAGCAAGUUGGAGAAGAAAUGUUUUUCAGAUAUUGAUAGACAGGAUGGAAAGAGUCAGAAAGCAUUUCUUUACAUUCGGAAUAGAAUUUUGGAGUUGUGGCUGGAAGAUCCAAAACAAGAGCUAACUUGCAAGAUGGCAUUAGCUGGUGUUGAGUAUCCUUACAGGAACGAAGAAGUAUUAAUUGGUCGUAUUCAUGCCUAUCUUACCAGACAUGGUCUUAUAAAUUUUGGGGUUUACAAGAUGACUAGCACAAUUAACAAAAAUCCACUCAAAGUUCUGGUGAUUGGUGCUGGAGUUGCAGGUCUUACUGCUGCUAAACAACUUCAAUCAUUUGGAAGUGAAGCAAUUGUUUUGGAAGCUAGAACUUUGAUUGAUGUUUUGGAUAAAGACUUAUCAAGAUGCUUGCCUAAGAAUCAAAUUAUUUGAAGGUUGCUAACAGGAAUUUCUUAGGAUCGUGUCGGUGGU